AUGGGUAGGGAUAGCCAUGACCCCACUUCCUUUCACUCUUCCAUUGCCCUUCUACAAGAGAGGUUUAGACAGCUUCAGAGAGUAAAAGAAAUGAGGGAGGAGAGGGAGCUUCAGAAGAUGCUCAAUGAACCUAAACAAUUCAGUUCCAACACCAACACCUCUAUAAGUAGUAGUACUUAUCACAAUUCCAACAAUUCAAUCCUCUCUCACCCUGAAUUGAUCAUGCCAUCAAGGUCACCACCCCAUGUUUCCCUCUCUCUCUGGCCAACAUCUCAGGGCAAGCAAGAGGACUAUAGAAGUACUCAAACCCCGGUUUCAAUGAACUAUGCACAUUCACGAUCCAUGCAAGUUUCGUGGAAGAACGCCAAUGAUUGUGACUCUGGUGCCGAUUCUGGUGUUGACACUUCUCUUCACCUGUGA